GUGUCCAUUGAAAUGAAGAUAUUUACCGAUUGAUUGAUGUGUUGUUUCAGACAAAUAGCAAUGAGUUUCGCAAAAUCGCUGUUCCGUCCCAUCGAUACACACCUCUGAAGGAGAAUUGGAUGAAAAUAUUUACACCAAUUGUUGAACACUUGAAACUACAGAUUAGAUUCAAUUUGAAGAGUCGUGUCGUCGAAAUCAGAACAUGCAAAGAGACGGUUGACAUCAGUUCCAUACAAAAAGGCGCCGAUUUUGUCAAAGCGUUUAUCUUAGGCUUUGAAGUGGAGGACGCGUUAGCGUUGGUCCGAUUGGACGAACUCUUCAUUGAAUCGUUUGAAAUACGCGACGUAAAACCAUUAAAAGGCGAUCACUUGUCGCGAGCCAUCGGACGUAUCGCCGGAAAGGGCGGCAGAACUAAGUUUACGAUCGAAAACGUGACGCGAACUCGAAUUGUAUUGGCCGACAGUAAAAUUCACAUUUUAGGCUCAUAUCAAAACACAAGAGCCGCGCGAACAGCCGUUUGUAACCUAAUUCUAGGCAGUCCUCCAUCUAAAGUGUACGGAUCUAUGAGACAAUUGGCCGCACGUCUGGCCGAAAGAUUUUAGCCCAGAUUAUUAGCAUUUAUUUAUGUAAAAGUUAUAUUUGAUUAAUAAAUUUUCACUUAUUUUUCGUAACAUUAUAUUAAA